UGAUAGAGCUGUUGGCAAAAUAAUGUCACAGCAUAAAGGCUAAAGUUUAGACAAAGAUUAAUAAAAACAAUUUAAUCAAACAUUUUAAAAUUUUAGGGCGUAAGAGGUGUUGCACUUUUCAUUUUCUCUCGUGACCAGACUCAGACAAACCGAGUCUGCUGUUAUUUUGCAUGGUUGCAUUCUAUGCUUCGAAAGAAUAUUCUUGCAGAUUUUAUGUUUCAAUGACGUUCCAAGGAGUUCCUGCUAGAUAGAAUGGACUAUUAUGUUAACAAAAACCAAACGAUUCCAAUUGUCAAGAAUAAAGCUGCUAAUGGGUUGAUAUUAACUAUAUUGUUAGACAAUAUUCAUAUACUUUUAAUAGACAAUUAUGUCAUCAGUAGAUAAAUAGCCUUACAAUGUCCAAACAUUUCAAAAACUUAGAAUGAUCAUGCACACAGGAAUGUUCAUCAUAGGCAGCAAUAACUAUUGUAUUUCGUAUUAAGUUAUUUUGAUAGGAAUUGAAACUUAACACCAGGUUUCAAUCAUGUUUGUGUCCAACGUUUUGAAGUAAACUGACGAUAUAUCUAAAAUGAAUGGCCUGCUUUAUAAAGUUAUAGCGAUAAGUUUUUUUAAAAAGGGGAGCGAUGGUCUAGUGGUUAAGGUGCCGGCCGCUCAACCCAGGGGUCGUGGGUUCGAGCCCCACUGGGGUCACGACCAUGACUUCUCAUAUGACACCAGUACUUGUUUUUCCAAGAAGUGGACUCGAGAGUGGUUCAAAUAAGCUUUAAGCUUUCUCCACAAACGAGCUUAAAUAAAUUCGUAUUAACUAAGUUUUUUAACAAAUAUAUAUAUAUAAUAACCUUCGGCCACAAACAAUGACACUCAGCAAAAUAUGUCACAAAUCGGCAACAUACGUAAUAUGUAAUAAGAAUUGGUAAAUUGGGAGGUGCAGCGUAUUCUAUAAAAAUUCUGUAAAGAAGUCGGCAUGUAUUUCACAAGCAAAUAUGAACAGACAGAAAAAAAAUCCAUACUGUACCUUUUGUAUUGUAUGACUUGAUAAAGCUCUAUAAAUAGCACACAUAAAACCUUUUAACAUCGAUAAAUAUUGAAGAUUUCGUUCAAUAACAAAACAACAGACAAAAAUGUAGAGGUAUAAUAAACGGGUCAUUAUAACAGUAGCUUGAUCUGGGAUUCGGCUCUCAUGGAUUUCGCAAGUACGGAUCACGCUCGUGAGAUCUGAUCUUGUAAAAGUCCACUUGAGCCGAAUACAGCAUCCCAGAUCGAGCUACUAUUAUGAUAACCUUAUUGUAUUCAUAUGUGAUUUUCAAAGAAAUACACCAGCAACAUCGUCUUUAUCAUUAUUAUUUGAUAAUAUCUUAAAUUAACAUCUACAUUUUAAGUUUAUCUUAUAUGUUCGAAUUCAAAGUUUAUGUCCAAAAUUCCGUCAUAAGACAUAAAAUGUUUUGGGAACUAUGAAUUUCUUACCUCUUGAAGCAAUAUUCUGCGCAGGAAUAUCUGAUCCAUUAAUUCACUGCUAAAAAGCACUAUUUAUCAGUUAUUAGGUUAGUAAAAACAAAAAUGAAUGCUUUCCAGAUAGAUUACUUAAAACGUUUUUCCAGAAUAUUGCGGCUUUCAUGGUUGCUUUUUAUACUAUUAUCUUUAAUUAAGCUGUAAUAACUUCAUCACAAAUAAUAUUCAGAUCGUAAUUAAGUUCGUUUAGAUUUCAGAGAUUUAAUUAAGAACAGUAUUCAACAUAUUUUGCAUAUUUGUUUGAUUGAAAUAAUUAUCAUGAGUUACCAAGUUAACAGUAUACUAUGGUGUCUUUUUUCGGACAUUAUACAGCACAAUAUUUCAUUGUAGCGCGUUGAUAGUUUCAUUUUGUUGCGCUGGGUCACGCUCCAAAAUGGCUAACCAAAACUUCCAAAGUCUGUGUAUGACGCUUUGGUGCGCCUGCCUUGAUGACACAACGAAACUAGCUACGUAAGCUGCGCGUACACCAAAGCGACAAAAACGUAAUGUACUGAAAAGGCCAUCAUAUUUUACUCCUGAUUGAGAAAACAUCAACAGCCUAACGAUGUUAGAGGCUUUAUUGUGGAAUUUGUUUCAUUAUCACAACACAGUAGGAAAAUCAUUACAACAAUCCUUUUUAUGUAAGUACCAUUGAACGUAUUUUUGAUUAGCAUCAUUUAAGUACAGGGGCUGUCAAAAUGUACUUUGCAUGCAGAUAUACUUCCGAAAACAUUUAUAUGUUUAAAAGCUAUAUGUUCUUGCAGUUACUUUGGAAAAAACGCGGGAAAAUAGGUGAACAAAUUCUUCAUAGCAUGCAUAAUAUCCCAGCGAUAUGAUUUUGACACAAUGACUCCAUAUUCAAAACUCCAGCAUCAAACAUUUGUACAGAUUAUGCUGGUUCUGGUCUCCAAAUCUUGGAACUUAUUCUCCGCCAUGGAAUUCGCAGUCAAAACAGUCACUUCCGUGUACUUUUGUAAAUUAUAUAACACGCUUAGCCUUGAUAUAAGGUUCCAUUAGCAAUGUGUAGUAAGCGAGUUCGAUCCUAUUUAAUUUUUAGAUGUCCCAAAGACAUAAAAAGGGAAUCGCCGCUCGCUCGUGAACUUCAGUGUUUUUUUCUAAUGAAGAGCCAUAAUGUAAUGCAGGUAAAAUAGAGAAGCACGAAGGUUCCUGUUUAAACAUAGUAAUAUAUAUGCUUGCAUUACACAGCCGAUGUCUGCUUAAAACAGACGAUAAGGUAUAUACUUUUAAAUAUUCAUCUACAUGAAUGAAAACUUUUACAGAAAUUUUUGAACACCCCAUACUUUCAUUUUCAGCCGGCUUAUAUUGUCAAAAUAAUAGAAUAGAAACACUCCGUCGGUGAUUUCAGAACAUUCAAGAUGUUUGUGAACAUAUUAUUAUUAGCGACUGUGUGCGCUUUUGUAUAUUCAAGCGAACCAGAAUGUUCCAGAUUUCACUAUGAAGAGAAGACGCUUGAAAAGAUGAUAAAAACGGAAAUUUUCGUGGAGAAGAUAAAAUCGGACAAUGAAAACAUGCAGCUUCAGAUGUCCAGUAGAUUUGAUGCUCUACAGGAUGACUGGGAGAACGUAAAGAAUGAAAUAAACGAUGCUAGAGAGGAGAAUAGGAAAGUUAUUGACAAAAUCAAAGAUAAAGUAGAUGAUCAAGAAAAUGUAGCUGUAGCCUUCGCUGCGCACAAUCUUGAGAAGAUUUCACCAAAGAAUGGCGAGACCCUUGUAUUUAGCAGGACGUCCUUUGACAGGGGUUCUAGUUACAACAACAAAACUGGAGUCUACGUUACACCUGUCGCAGGCAUCUAUAUGUUUAACUUGCAUCUGUGUCUUUCUGAUGGUCAUUACGUUUACUACGAAAUUGACACUGAAAAUGAACCUAUUAUGAUGGGACUUUUCAGUGACGACGACGGUAGGUACGUCAGCUGCCAAAUGGCUACAACUACAGCUAUACUGGGUGCAAAGGAACGUGUGUGGAUAAAAGUCGUAUCAUCUGUUAGUGGCCUACGUUUCUUUAAGGAUUCAAGAGUUUGGAACAGUUUUUCUGGUGUUCUGCUCACAACAAUAAAUUAAAACAAAUGCCAGAGGACUAGUCCUUUGCGUCCUUCUAAAGUUACAUUUUCUUUGAAAAGAAUUCUUGCUAGUGUUUAUACACUCUGUUAUGAAUUGUUUCUGUGUGUCUAAACAUCUCUUUUUGUUUCCAAUGUGUUUUAAAGAACUGUUGCAAUCAUAACGUUUUCAGCUUGAUAUAUUCUUUUUGUUGUUUAAAUAAUAGAUCGACAGAUAUUUUAGCAUAACCCUAAAAUGUAUCUGAGUAAAUGCGGUAUCUUCUAUCACAAAGGUUGGGACAUCCAGCGACAAGAAUAUUUCAUUUCUUACGGAUGUGUUUUGACAAGUUACCAGCCUAAAAAUGAACUAUAAUACCAAUGAAUGAUGCCAUAACUUAAAGAAUUCACGGUUGGAUGAAGAUUCUCAAUCCCUUGAAUAAAAAUGACAUUGUUUUCCUCAUUAAAGAGUUAACAAACGUGUUUAAAUGUUUGCUUCAAAAAAUAUUCUGAUGACAAACGUCGGCUUCACUGUCUGUUUAUGUUGCGAUGUCCUCUACUAUCUAAGUGCUAAGUUCCUGUAUAAAAUUUUGUAUAACGAAUCUGUCCGCCCGUUAUACUUAGACGAACCAUUGAGUUAAUCUGUCUGACUGAUGCCACUGAAACAAGGGCCAACAUUUUUGGAAAAAUGAAACCCCGUGCGCAAUUUCAUUUUAGACAAUACCGAAACAUUAGACACGAACGCACUCCAGUCCUGUAUCUUUAUGUACAGUAAUACAACUAAGCUGAAUUACAAUCAUUGCUAAGUCACGAGCACAUAGCUUAUGAAUAUCUAUCACGAAAUAACCAACACUAGAACAAGACAUAGAUCACAUAAGCAUUAAUUUUAAAAAAAUCAUGAACAUUGGUGGGGAAAUUAUAACUAUACAACUCUAUAGAAAUUGAUCUAUCCUGCCAAAUGGCACAAAAUUUUAGACCACUCGAUACGUAAGCAACGUUGACCAAAUCUUAUUGUUAUAUAUAUUCUAAUACAAGUCCAUAAGAAUUGGCAAAGAAAUGCGGAUGCUCGAAUGUUGGAAUAGUCAAAUAUCGGUACUGUUACCCAAGGGCACAUAACUCUAGACCUACGUGUCCAAUCCUGUCUUGAUUAAAAUUAAACAAGUUUGUAUAAGUACAUUGUAUUGGUAUUUCAACAUUAUAUCAUUAAUUAGGAUUGGCGGAGGAGCGAAUGUGCUAAAGUGUCGUGUCAAAAAGGUCUAAUACCUUAAUUUUCUGUCUGAAUAACAUAAGAACUGGUGAAAACGUGAAUGUGCUAGAAAGUAAUCAACGUUUAACAUUAUUAUUAAUAGUAUGUUUUAUCAAUCAAGGACAUAUAACCCUGAUUUUGCAACUCAAAUCUGGCACAUUAUAAUACAUAUAAAGGAGCACUGCAGUCGUAUUCCUAUAUUGUAGGUACAAUCGAUAUAAGUAAGGAAAAAAACAAUAUGAAAACCAAUUAAGUUGGUGAAUGAUUAAAACUUUUCUAGCUGCUUUAUACAUUGUACAAUUUUGAAACAUUGUUUUCAAGUGAUGCAAGAUUUCAAGAGUUGUUGGUGAGAAGCGGAAUGUAUAUACAUAUUUUCUAGAUAUCUAACAUCUUUGAAAGACAAUUGCAAUACUCAGAUUUACUUUGUGCAGCACUGUAUGUGAGACGCUACACAUGUCCCUGUCUUCAUUGUUAUAACUUUAUCACUCGUCUAGACUUUGUAUAAAUAUUAUUACGAUUCAUGUUUAUCAUAAAUUCCUAUUACAUAAACAUGUGACGCAUGGUACAGAGCUUGCUAAAUGAUUAAAUUUUUCUAAUUUU